UAAACCUCACAACAAUGCCCCGUGUUUCAAAUUCAGAACGUGCUUGUAGUUGUAAAAUCGUGCAGUGGGUUAAAUCUGAGAGAGAUACCAGAUCCAAAAGAGGCGGGAAAACCUCCAUUAUACACCAGAUAUAACUUUCAGACAAAAUUAAUGCAACUUGCAGCGACCUUUGACCUUUUGGUUCAAUCCCCCCGUACAAACACGGAAGGGGAGAGGAGGGUUCAUACCUUGGUAUUUCCAGUCAAUCUGUUCACACCAGAGUCGCCUACCCCAAAGUUCACAACCGUUAUCCAAAAAGCAAGGCAAAAAAAUUGAGGACUUUGAUUGAAGCAGAGCGUGGAGUCUUGAACAUCAAGAUGAAGCCAGAGACUAUGACAUUGGUUUUGGUAAAUCUAGCGAGUAUCAUGGAGAGUGCUGAUGAGAAGUUGGUUCCGGCGGUGUAUAAGGAGUUGGGGGCUGCUUUGCACACAGACCCUACUGGUUUGGGCACACUUACUCUGUAUCGAUCCAUAGUGCAGACUUCUUGUUACCCACUAGCAGUUUACCUGGCUCUGCGCUACAACCGUGCCCACGUCAUUGCCCUCGGCGCUUUUCUCUGGGCCAUCGCCACGUUCCUCGUCGCCAUCUCUUCCACCUUCUUCCAGGUAGCAGUGUCACGAGGUUUAAAUGGAGUUGGGCUUGCCAUUGUCAUACCUGCCAUUCAGUCCCUUGUCGCUGACUCAACUGACGUUAACAAUCGUGGUACCGCUUUUGGAUGGUUAUACCUAACAGGAAAGCUCGGCUCCAUAACUGGCGGGUUCUUUUCUGUACUACUAGCCUCAACAUCGUUCAUGGGCAUAACUGGCUGGAGGAUUGCUUUCCUUGUUGUGGGAAUUGUAAGUGUUAUAGUUGGUAUAUUCCUCUGCAUCUUUGCAAAUGAUCCGCACUUUCCGAAGAGUGAUAGUGGACCUAAUGGUCGAGUGAUUCAUAAGCAUUUUUGGUCAGAUGUUAAAGAGCUAAUUCAGGAAGCAAAGUCAGUAAUUAGAAUACCAUCUUUUCAGAUAAUUGUGGCUCAAGGUGUCUCUGGAUCAUUCCCUGGAUCAGCUUUGUCAUUUGCCCCUAUGUGGCUGGAGCUUAUAGGUUUCUCCCAUGGAAAGACAGCAUUCCUUUGGACCAUUCUAGUAGUUGGUGCUUCUUUUGGAGGUCUGUUUGGUGGAAGGAUGGGGGAUAUCCUUGCUAAACGCUUGCCCAAUUCUGGAAGAAUUAUCCUGUCACAAAUAAGCUCAGCUUCGGCUGUUCCCUUAGCUGCUGUUUUGCUGCUAGUAUUGCCUGAUGAUCCAUCCUCUGCAUUCAUGCAUGGGCUUGUCUUGUUCAUUAUGGGGUUUUUUACAUCCUGGGAAGCUGCAGCAACUAACAAUCCAAUAUUUGCAGAGAUAGUCCCUGAGAAGUCUCGUACGACCAUCUAUGCUUUGGAUCGAACAUUUGAGACAAUACUAGCGUCAUUUGCACCCUAUGUAGUUGGGAUUUUGGCUCAGCACGUUUAUGGUUAUAAACCAAUUCCAAAAGGGUCAUCAAACUCUGCAGAGACUGAAACGGAUAGACAGAAUGCUGCAUCACUUGCCAAGGCACUCUACACAGCAAUUGGCAUUCCUGCGGCAAUCUGUUGCUUUAUCUAUUCCUUCCUCUAUUGCACAUAUCCAAGAGACCGUGAACGGGCAAGAAUGGUUGCAUUGAUAGAAUCUGAAAUGCGGCUGCUAGAGGCAGCUCCAUCAAGCGAAAUUGACAUUGCUUAUGAAGGGGUGAACAGCCUUGACUUGGAUGAUAAUGAUGAUGAGUCAUCUCUGCUUUCACCUUAGCUUCCACUCAAAUUUGGAUAUGUAAUGAACUCAAAUAAUACAAAGCUUCCUGGAGAUUUUGUAUCAGUACAAUGUGCAAAAAUAUAGGCAUAUUUAGUGGUAUUGUUCAGUUUAGAGUGCAUUGCAUUGAUGCUAACCAUGGAAUUUAAAUGGCUUUCUGAGAGCAGCCAGAUGCAGUUAUUUUCACGACUCUUCUGCUUCUUUCGGCUUUGCUUUCACAAUUUACCUUGACAUGGCAUUCCUCUCCAGAAAAAAGAAAAGAUAACUGGCAUCGACAGAAAAUUACACACACAAUCAAUCAAGUUAAAGCAUACUCUUCACGACUUCGCAUGGCCGAGAAGUGCGGACAAAUUAUGAUGAGGAUCAACCCGAUCAGAGUAUGAACUUGUAUUAAAGUACAUCUGGCCAUAUUUUCAAGUGAAGCAUGCGCAAUUAUAAUGUCUCUCUAAUAUUCUCAUUGACAUGUAAAUGUUUGUGCAGUCCCAUUUUUGCAGAGAUAGUCCCUGAGAAGUCUCAUUAUCUACGCUUUAGAUGUGAACCAUUUGAGUCCAUGCUAGCAUAAUUUGAUCCAGCAGUGGUCGGGGAUUCUGGCUCAGCAUGUUUGUGGUCAUAAAAACCAAAUGUGCAACGAGCUUCAAACUCUGUAGGUAUUGGAACAGAUAAGAGAGAAUGCGCGCUCGCGCGCACACUCUUUUUCUCACAAAGAGAUUGUACUAGUCUUAGUAAAAUUUACAAAGAACAAUGAAAUGCAUCCACGUUGUCUGUCUGAGUAGCUCAAUAUAAGGGUUUAUAAUUCUUGUAUGAACUAGAUCGAUGGUUCAGG